UUAUCAAGGGAAGUAUUAGGCAGCAGGACAUGCAGAAGGAGCUCUCAUUAUUUCUGUGAGUGUUGUGAGAUUUUACAACCGUGUUUUUAUCCAUUAUAACCAUACAUAGACAUUAAAAAGUUUUUCUUUUCUAGAGAACACCUUAAACAUAAAGGUAAAUACCAUUCUCCUAGAACUAAUUUCCCUUCAUCCACUUCCUACUGCGAGUCCUCUGAUGGCCCUGGAGGGUCAUUAAGAGGGGCUUCUGGUGGUUGUAUUCACUGAGUGCUGUGAUAUCUAAGGUGACCCUGCCCUGAACUUUUCCUUUGGCCGUGUGCUCUUGCUUCUUGUUACAGAACUUGCCUCAGAAAUAAUGCCAACCUCCUUAUCUCUUUCGGCUCUGGCUCCAGGCACGUCUAUCACACAGGGUCCACACCUUCACAUAUUUUUAUCUAUUUGCCCAGUUAGUCUUCAGGCAACAUCAGGAGAGUUGAAAAUGUUUAUUCUCUCUUCUUUAUCAAUCCCCUGCGCACCAGCACACCCUCACUCCUCCCUCUCCCAUCCCACCAUUCCCACUGGCCUCUUCAGCUUCACGUGUCACUCCUCCCCACUGAAUCCUUCCCACUGCAGGCAGCUGCUGAGGAGCCGCAUGGUCCAUCCCUGGAUUCUCCAAGCACUGACUGCCCAUCCACUCUGACCACAGCCAGGGGCCACAUCCCACUGCCUGCCCAGCGUCCAUCCAUGGAGGUGACCACCGUGUCCCCAUCUCCUGCCUCACCCACUGAAGGAGAUCAUCUCUGUGAGACAGAUGUCACCACCAUGGCCAUACACAGUGUGACCCUGCUCAUCUGCCUCUGUGGGCUGGCUGGGAACGGGGCUGUCAUCGGCCUCCUCAACCUGAAAAGAGGGAACGCUGCCUUCUUUGACCUGGCUGUCAUUGACUUCCUCUUCCUCCUCUUUGCAGUCCCCUCCGCCCUCCUCUUCCUGGUGGAGGACAUGUCCUGCUCUCCUGUCGUGCCCUUGAUGUACAUGAACUUUGUUUUUCAGUUGUCAUUGGUCUCCUACUACUGGGUGCUGUUCAGGCUGAUGAGCAGCAUCCCUGUGUGGUAUAUGCACAACCUCUUCAAGCUCUGCUGCCACUGUGACCUUCCUCUGCUCCUGAUGUGGGUGGUGGACACUAUCCCAUACUGGGCCAUCUUGGCUCUCUUCACUGUCAUUCCCACAGUGACAUUCUUUUGCCCAUCACAAGAGCAGGAGCACUGCAGGGCAGCUCUCAUCUCCAUGUACACCAUCAUCCUGCUCCUCUUUGCUGCACCCGUGGUAAUUUCUGGCACAAUCAAUUUCAUUCAUUCCAAGCGGGGCUCCCAGCAGCAGCAGCAGCCCAAGAGGCGCGACAUCGUUAUUGUCAUCACUGUGCUCCUCACUCUCCUCAUCAGCCUCUGCAAUUUCCUGCAGCAGCUCGGUUACAUCGCUGUGUCCUCACAGGUUGUCUUCCUGCUCACCUGCAUCCACAGCAGCAUCAAACCCUUCAUCUACUUCUUGGCAGGGAGGGGCUGGAGGCCCUGCUCCAAAAAGUCCCUCCAGCUCUCCCUCCAGAGGGUCUUUGAGGAGGCAGAAGAAAACACUGCCCACAGCGAUGAUCCUACAAUGGACACAGUGCUCUGAGCCUGCUGAUCCCUUCCACUGCUCUGCUGAAGGACCCCAGGAAAGUGGCUGGAGGGCUGUCCUUUAAGCUCCUGAUUAAUCAAUAUCCACAGGAUCACCCUCCCCAUGGUGCUGUAUUCCUGCAGGACAAGGGAGCACAGGCAUUGCCUUGGGUGAUUUUGUGGGAUGCUCUGCAGGGAGCACAUUGCAGCAUGGCUUUCCUCCUCCCUCCUGGAUCCACAUGGCUCCAAGCAGUGCAGCUGGGCUCAGUGCUGUUCCCCAGCUUUAUUCCCCAUGAAAUCACCCUCAUGGCCUCGGCCCCAGGGAAUGAACUCCCUCUCCUUUGCCUUAGCACAUGAGUUCCAUGGUGAUUUCAGGGAGCUCUUACCUGCAAAGAAUGGGACACCUUCAUCCCUGGGGACACACCCAGCACAGGGUGGCAGUGAUUUCCCAAAUCCCUGCAGGGCUGGUGCCUCUGGAUGGCAGGAGAGGGGUUGGGAUCACAGGGAGCAUCCUUCCCCUUCUGUCCACCAGAGCCAGCCCUGCAUUCCCAGCUGAUGGGAAGGGACACCAGGAAGGGCUGCAGAGCUGGGGAGGGACAGCAACAUUCCCUUAUCCUUUCCAUGGGAAUUUGUCACAUUUAUUCAUUCCAGAAUUAAAUCCUUCUGCACAAAGAA